AUGGGGGCUCGUUGGGUGUGUCUACUCUCCUCAUCCUGCCUAGUUCUCGUGCUCAUCUCCUGGGGGGCACUCGUCUUCCUUGUUCAUGACCUCCUCGAUCUGCACCACGAGAUCACCGACGGGGUGCGCCAUUUUCAAGCUAUGCACGAUGAGGCGUGGACGAGGAUUGAGCAUCAGCUGCCACUGAAUGAGCGGAGGAAGUUGGCGAAUGCUGAAGAAAAAAUCCGCAAACGACGCCAACUCCAAAUCCGACUCCGCGAGGUGGCCAUGCCCGGUGGAUCGAGCACCUCAGAUAAUGGUGGCAGCUUCACCUCGGCUUUCGGGGAAUCGAAUGCAGGAAAUGGCGAAUUCGCGGAAAUCGAUGGACUGCUCAGAAGCUACGGACUUGACGGGAACCCACAGCAAAAGCCAAAAGGGUACGGCUGCUCGCGUUGCGCUUCGACUCGGUAUCUCAACAGUUUCCCCAGCUAUCGGGCCGUCUACAAUUUCCACGACCAGAACCCGGGGUCGUUGAGGAUCAAAUUUACGGGAGGAUUUGGGCCUGGACAGGAAGUCAGUCUCAAACCCGGGGAGACGGUGACGUUUACUGGAGGUUUGGCAGGGUGCCAAACAUGUCAGAAUUCCGGGCAACAACCCCGUACGGAGCCGACAGGGCCUCGAGACGAACAGGAUGAUGUCGAUGAUUUUGGAGGAGGGGAUACCGACAAGAAGCAGGUGAUCGAGGUGCACGAGAAUGACAAAGACACAUUCAAUCUGCCGGAAGACGCCCCGACGGAAACGCCGACCGGAUGGGAUAGUUGCCCGAAUUGUCGACGACCAACUUCCGAAGAAUCUAGUGAGGAGGAGGAUGGAGGGUCGAGAAAUGAUGGGCGACAGUUUGAGGAAGAGUCGACGAGGAGACCAGAUGAUGAGGUGCCGCCCUAUGUACCCAUGCCAUAUCAUCCCUCAAACAGGGGUCCCGACGAGUAUCCGACGCCUCCCACAACAACACCCGGCUACGCCCUUCCCCCAGAGACUACGCGAGGCUACGGCACCCCACCCACCACCACCCAGGGCUACGCACCGCCGCCGGCUGAAGAUCAAACAUACGGCACCGUACCCCCAACGACUACGCGCGGAUACGGACGGCCACAGUAUGUCCCGCCCGUGUAUCAGACCCCCCAGACAACGACGAUGGGCUAUGAACGGCCACGACCCCAGAAUCCGUACUUACGCCCGACGACGAUAGCCCCGAGGAGGCCCAAUUCGGAGGAGUCUUCUGAAGAGGAUCUGGGUGGAGUGAAGAAUACGGGUUGGAAAGAGGAAGAAGAGCGUCCACAAACACCCUAUGGACACUGCCAUUGCACUUGUCCGAUGAUACCGCCGGAUUAUUGUCCGAGGGGACCGCCUG